GGUUGCCAAACCUCUUCUACCCUCCACCAUCUUCAAUUAAUAUCCUCUUUAUAAAUUUCAACCCUAGAUCAUUUUCAUAACUUUCUCUCUUCAUUCCAAUGGAAAGCCUAUCUCAAAAUAACACUUCUAGUUCUAUCCCCUUCUUCUUUACACCAUCUUUGCCAAAUUACCCUUUGGAAUCUCAAGAUCAAGGACUAAUUGGUGAUAUUGACUCAUGGGGCAACUUUUUCUUAGGACAAAAUAACAACAGCUUGCUUGUUGAGGAUGCUAAGGAGACGUUAUUGAUGGAUAAUAUUCAACAAUGCACUUCUUCUAAUAUGGUGAGUAAUAUAAAUGAAAGUGGGAGUUACCAACUACAUGAGGAAGAGAAGAGAAGGAAAUUAGAGGAGAAAAGGGUUAGAGGUGGGAGAGUGAAGAAGCCAACAAAAGUGCCAAGGUUUGCGUUUCAGACAAGAAGUGUUGAUGAUAUUUUAGAUGAUGGUUAUCGUUGGAGGAAAUAUGGACAAAAAGCUGUCAAGAACACAACAUAUCCCAGAAGCUACUAUCGAUGCACGCAUCACACAUGCAAUGUGAAGAAACAAGUGCAAAGGCUGUCCAAAGAUACUAGCAUUGUGGUGACUACGUACGAGGGAAUUCACAACCACCCAUGCGAGAAGCUUAUGGAAACCCUAACUCCUCUUCUAAAGCAAAUUCAGUUUCUUGCUAGUUUGUAAUUGUGAAGUUGUUUUUCUACUAAAUAUAUAUACAGCUAUACCUACAUGUAUGCACAAGUAUAUAUCAAGCCUUAACUUAA